AGCCAGCCCGCCGGACACCGGGCCAGCCGGUCCUCCGCCGUCCCAGCAUUCCCCGCGCCCUACCAUUGAGAGCAGCUUCCGGCGUGGCCGGUGGAGGUGGGAGAAGGCGCGCGGCCCUCGCCGCUGUCUCCCUCCCUCGCGCUCUCUCGGGCAACAUGGCGGGUGUGGAGGAGGCAGCGGCCUCUGGCAGCCACCUGAAUGGCGACCUGGGUCUAGACGAGCGGGAGGACGGAGCUGCCUCCACGGCUGAGGAAGCAGCCAAGAAGAAGAGACGGAAGAAGAAGAAGAGUAAAGGGACCGACUCAGCAGGGCAACAGGAACCUGAUAAAGAAGCCACAGUGGAUGAGGUAGCAACACAGUUGGAAAGACAAGCUCUGGAAGAAAAGGAAAGAGAUGAUGAUGACGAAGAUGGAGAUGGUGAUGGAGAUGGAGCAGCUGGAAAGAAGAAGAAAAAGAAGAAGAAGAAGAAAGGAUCAAAAGUUCAAACAGACCCUCCCUCAAUUCCAGUAUGUGAACAGUAUCCAAAUGGUGUCUAUCCCAAAGGACAGGAGUGCGAAUACCCCCCUACACAAGAUGGGCGAACAGCUGCUUGGAGAACUACAAGUGAAGAAAAGAAAGCUUUAGAUCAAGCUAGUGAAGAAAUUUGGAAUGAUUUUCGGGAAGCUGCAGAAGCACAUCGACAAGUUAGAAAAUAUGUCAUGAGUUGGAUCAAGCCGGGAAUGACAAUGAUAGAGAUCUGUGAAAAGUUGGAAGACUGCUCACGCAAGCUAAUCAAAGAAAAUGGAUUGAGUGCGGGUCUGGCAUUUCCUACUGGUUGUUCUCUCAACAAUUGUGCCGCCCAUUAUACUCCCAAUGCUGGAGACACAACAGUAUUACAGUAUGAUGACAUCUGCAAGAUAGACUUUGGAACACACAUAAGUGGAAGAAUUAUUGACUGUGCUUUUACUGUCACUUUUAAUCCUAAAUAUGACCAAUUAUUAAAAGCAGUGAAAGAUGCUACUAAUACCGGAAUAAAGUGUGCUGGAAUUGAUGUUCGUCUGUGUGAUGUUGGUGAGGCCAUCCAAGAAGUUAUGGAAUCCUACGAAGUUGAAAUAGAUGGGAAGACAUAUCAAGUGAAACCAAUCCGUAAUCUAAAUGGACAUUCAAUUGGGCCAUAUAGAAUACAUGCUGGGAAAACAGUGCCCAUUGUAAAAGGAGGGGAAGCUACAAGAAUGGAGGAAGGAGAAGUAUAUGCCAUUGAAACCUUCGGUAGUACCGGAAAAGGUGUUGUUCAUGAUGAUAUGGAAUGCUCACAUUACAUGAAAAAUUUUGAUGUCGGACAUGUGCCAAUAAGGCUUCCAAGAGCAAAACACUUGUUAAAUGUCAUCAAUGAAAACUUUGGCACCCUGGCCUUCUGCCGCAGAUGGCUGGAUCGCUUGGGAGAAAGUAAAUAUCUGAUGGCUCUGAAGAAUCUGUGUGACUUGGGUAUUGUCGACCCAUAUCCACCAUUGUGUGACAUUAAAGGAUCAUAUACAGCGCAGUUUGAACAUACCAUACUGCUGCGUCCAACAUGUAAAGAAGUGGUCAGCAGAGGAGAUGACUAUUAAAUUUAGCCCAAAGCCACCUCAACAUCUUGCUUUUUGAGUUUUGUUGGAAUACAUUGUACCAGAAUUAAUUUGCAAUAUCUAUUUUAACAGUGGACCUGUGUAGUACUUUUAUCCAUGUUUAAAGAAAAUCGAUCAAAGGCAAAACAUCUGAUGUAAUUAACCAAGGAAAAAGCAUUCAGGACUUUGAAAUGUUAACUGCCUUUCCCUGUCUAGGAAAUGCUAUAAAGCUCAAAUUAGUUAGGAAUGACUUAAUCCAGUUUUGUUUUGAACAGCUAAGAGAUGCUUUUUGGAUAUUUAUAUUGCCAUAUUCUUACUUGAAUGCUUUGAAUGACUACAUCCAAGUUUGCACCUCUGCCCUCUGGUAUUGCUUUUUAACCUUCCUGGAAUCCAUUUUCUAAAAAAUAAAGACAUUUUCAGAUCUGAAAGCUACAUUUGAAUGUUUGUGAUUAUACUUCUGAACAGGAAAUAGCUAAACAAAACAAGUGAAAUACAGAGGCUUUUAUCUGGACUGUAGACCUGUGAUAUUUUCUUCAAACAUAAUAGCUAAAACAAGAUCUACACAUGCAUCAAGUGGGACAAUCUUGAUAAGUGAAUAAACAGGUUUAAUAUUGUGUUUCUUUAUAGAACAUUAAUCCUUGUCUAUUCCUUUUCUCCCUGUUGGAAAGAUGUACUGAUGGAAGCAUUAAGAACUUGUUAUCAACCAGAAACUGUUUCAGUAAAUAUCUUAGCUUUUAGAUCCUUCAUCCAGUGGUAGCUCCUAUCAGGUAUACAUGCACUUAAAAAAAUCCAAAAUGGCAUUUUAGCCAUAGCAGCUUAAGAAAAAUGGGAUUUCUGUGUUUAGAUCUUGUUCUAGUUAGAAACGUUAUGUUGAAAUAAUUUCAUGACGUUUGGAGUAAGCUUUGUUGGAAGAAAUAAGGUUUUUUCCAAGUGGAAGUGAGGUUACAGCUACCUUCCCUAAUGUUUUAAAUUGUUAUGUACCAAGGUAAAGCCUUAAUUUGUGUAUACUUAGCAUUGAGAUUUGAUUGCCGUUUGGAUGCUGUAUGGUUUGUCUUUUGUUUAGUGUUCUCUUGAGAAACCCAUGACUUGUGUACCGAGCUCAUUUGUUACGAUGUACAGCUGCUCUUCUUGCAUUAGAGCCGUAAGUCAGUGUUAACCUUUUCGGGAAAACAAUCUAGUUUUUAGCUAUAUGGGCUGUUUAUUAUGGUGCUACUCUUCAAUAGCUACCUUUGAAAAAUUUCUUUUUGUGAUUGAUUCUGGUGGCAGAGUUCGCUGACACACACACAGAUAUAUAGUGCUUGAGCCUUCCUGCUAGCUCUGUGGGGUUGUAGUCAGAAUUUCUGUUUUUUUUUAUAUGCAUUGUGGGGAGGCAUAAACUGAAGCAACUUGAUUUCUCAGCCCAAAAAUUUACACACUAACCCUUAUGAAUGAGUAAUUUGGAGCUUUCUAACAGCUCCUCUGCAGUAGUAGUCUCAAAUGUAAUUCUGCCAGCAGUGGGGCUCCCUUCCUGUUGGGAGCAGAGGCAUCACUGUCCCUGAAAUGGCUGGGAGGAGUAUGAUCCUGUAAAUAGGAAAGCUGUCACAUAAGAAAACAAUUGUACUGUUUGCCUAUUAGCCUUGUAUCUCUUGAAAUGACUUUGUUUACGAUGUUUAACAAUAGUGCCUUUAGUAAAUUAUUUUGCAACCAAA